CGGUGACGACAUUCGCCCGCGUCCGCAGCUGAGCGUUAUCAGCGCCUGCGCAGUGGCUCCCAGCGGGCGGUUGCUUGUUGGUUGUUGUAGUAACCGGGGAAGCGCCGUCGGCGGCUGCCCUGAGCCUUGCUGGGGAAGGAAGAGGGAGGUAGGCGCAGAGCGUGGUCCACGCCUACUCGCCCCGAACCAUGGGAAGAUGAGACAGGAAUUUGUGCCAUCCAAAUUAGGCUUGAUCCAGUGAAUCUGCUAGGAAAGGUCUCUGAGGCCCCCGUCUGCUGACUGCAUGACAAACCCCAAAGGAAAUGCCAGUCGUGAUGGCCCGGGACCUGGAGGAAACAGCAUCAUCCUCAGAGGAUGAAGAGGUCAUAAGUCAAGAGGAUCAUCCAUGCAUCAUGUGGACUGGAGGCUGUAGGAGAAUUCCAGUUUUGGUAUUCCAUGCCGAUGCUAUUCUUACAAAGGACAACAAUGUUAGAGUAAUUGGAGAACGUUAUCAUUUGUCUUAUAAGAUUGUACGAACGGACAGUCGCCUAGUACGCAGCAUUCUGACAGCACAUGGAUUUCAUGAAGUUCACCCAAGCAGCACUGACUAUAACCUAAUGUGGACAGGAUCCCACCUGAAGCCCUUCUUACUGCGCACCCUCUCUGAAGCACAAAAAGUUAAUCACUUUCCCAGGUCUUAUGAACUUACCCGGAAGGACCGACUGUACAAAAACAUUAUUCGAAUGCAGCAUACACAUGGAUUUAAGGCUUUUCACAUCCUCCCCCAGACCUUCCUCCUGCCAGCUGAGUACGCGGAAUUUUGUAAUUCAUAUUCGAAGGACCGGGGACCUUGGAUAGUAAAACCAGUGGCAUCUUCUAGGGGGCGAGGCGUCUACCUGAUCAACAAUCCAAACCAGAUUUCCCUGGAAGAGAACAUUCUGGUCUCCCGUUACAUUAACAACCCCCUGCUCAUAGAUGAUUUCAAGUUUGACGUGCGCCUCUAUGUGCUGGUGACUUCCUAUGAUCCUCUUGUCAUCUAUCUCUAUGAAGAAGGAUUGGCUAGGUUUGCAACUGUGCGAUAUGAUCAAGGAGCCAAGAACAUUCGGAACCAGUUCAUGCAUCUGACAAACUACAGUGUGAACAAGAAGAGUGGAGACUAUGUCAGUUGUGAUGAUCCAGAAGUGGAGGACUAUGGAAACAAAUGGAGCAUGAGUGCUAUGCUUAGGUACCUGAAACAAGAAGGCAGAGAUACAACCGCAUUGAUGGCCCAUGUAGAAGACCUGAUCAUUAAGACGAUAAUCUCUGCUGAACUAGCUAUUGCUACUGCCUGUAAAACCUUUGUUCCUCAUCGCAGCAGUUGUUUUGAACUCUAUGGCUUUGACGUGCUCAUAGAUUCUACUCUGAAGCCAUGGUUGUUGGAAGUGAAUCUCUCUCCUUCUUUGGCCUGUGAUGCACCUCUGGACCUAAAGAUUAAAGCCAGUAUGAUUUCAGAUAUGUUCACUGUUGUAGGAUUUGUGUGCCAAGAUCCUGCCCAGCGGGCAUCAACCCGGCCAAUUUAUCCCACCUUUGAGUCUUCCAGGCGAAACCCUUUCCAAAAACCUCAGCGUCCAGUAUCUGCACAGUUUCAGUCAUCAAAGGCCAAGCAGCGUUCCCGUCCACUCUCUGCCAGUGAUGCGGAAAUGAAAAACCUCGUGGGCUCAGGCCGGGAGAAAGGGCCAGGGAAGUUGGGUGGUUCUGUGCUUGGUCUGUCAAUGGAGGAGAUCAAAGUUUUACGGAGGGUGAAGGAGGAGAAUGAUCGGAGAGGUGGAUUUAUUCGCAUAUUUCCUACGUCUGAGACAUGGGAAAUAUAUGGGUCCUACCUCGAGCAUAAGACCUCAAUGAACUAUAUGCUGGCAACACGCCUCUUCCAGGACAGGGGAAACCCAAGAAGAAGCUUAUUGACAGGAAGAACACGAAUGACUGCUGAUGGAGCGCCAGAAUUGAAGAUAGAGAGCCUGAAUUCAAAGGCCAAGCUGCAUGCUGCACUGUACGAGAGGAAGCUCCUGUCUCUGGAGGUGCGAAAACGUAGACGACGGAGUAGCAGAUUGAGGGCAAUGAGGCCAAAAUACCCAGUGAUUACCCAACCAGCUGAAAUGAAUGUUAAAACUGAGACAGAGAGUGAAGAGGAGGAAGAAGUCGCAUUAGAGAAUGAAGAUGAAGAACAGGAAGCUUCCCAGGAGGAGUCUGGAGGAUUUCUUAGAGAAAAUCAAGCCAAAGAUACACCCUCAUUGACAACUUUGGUAGAAAAUACACCCAAAGAAAAUUCCGUGAAAGUUCGUGAAUGGAGUAAAAAAGGUGAACGGUGCUGCAAACUUGAGACUCAGGAGCUGGAGCCUAAAUUUAACCUGAUGCAGGUUCUUCAAGAUAACGGCAAUCUUAGCAAAGUGCAGGCCCGAAUAGCAUUCUCUGCCUAUCUCCAGCAUGUUCAAAUUCGCCUGAUGAAAGACAGUGGAGGUCAGACGUUCAGUGCCAGUUGGGCUGCCAAAGAGGAUGAACAGAUGGAGCUGGUUGUUCGUUUCCUCAAGCGAGCAUCAAAUAACCUCCAGCAUUCACUGAGGAUGGUAUUACCCAGCCGACGAUUGACACUUCUGGAACGCAGAAGAAUCCUGGCCCACCAGCUGGGUGACUUUAUCAUCGUAUACAACAAGGAAACAGAACAAAUGGCUGAAAAGAAAUCAAAGAAGAAAGUUGAAGAAGAGGAGGAUGGGGUGAAUAUGGAAAACUUUCAGGAGUUCAUCAGACAAGCAAGUGAGGCUGAACUGGAGGAGGUGUUGACUUUUUAUACCCAAAAGAACAAGUCUGCUAGUGUCUUCCUGGGGACUCACUCUAAAAGUUCUAAGAACAACAACAGUUAUUCUGAUAGUGGGGCAAAAGGUGAUCACCCUGAGACUAUAAUGGAAGAAGCGAAAAUAAAGCCGCCUAAACAGCAACAGACAACAGAAAUUCAUUCUGAUAAAUUAUCUCGAUUUGCCACUUCAGCAGAAAAAGAGGCAAAAUUAGUUUAUACCAAUUCUUCCUCUGCUCCUUUCUGUGGUCCUACUGCUACUCUGCAGAAAAUUCCCAACACCCAUUUGUCAUCUGUUACAACCUCUGACCUCUCUCCAGGGCCUGGCCACCAUUCUUCUUUAUCUCAGAUUCCUUCAGCUAUCCCCAGCAUGCCUCACCAGCCAACAAUUUUACUGAACACAGUCUCUGCCAGUGCUUCUCCCUCCCUACAUCCUGGGACACAGAACAUCCCAAGCCCUUCUGGCCUGCCUCGCUGUCGAUCAGGAAGUCACACCAUUGGCUCCUUUUCUUCCUUCCAAAGUGCUGCACACAUCUAUAGUCAGAAACUGUCUCGUCCCUCUUCAGCAAAGGCAGCAGGAUCGUGCUAUCUAAACAAGCAUCAUUCAGGAAUAGCCAAAACACAAAAAGAGGGAGAAGAUGCUUCUUUGUAUAGUAAACGAUACAACCAAAGUAUGGUUACAGCAGAACUUCAGCGGCUAGCUGAGAAGCAGGCAGCGAGACAGUAUUCUCCAUCCAGCCACAUCAACCUCCUCACCCAACAGAUGGAAGGACCUGAGGCUGAAAGAAGUUAUGUGAUCAAGGUGACAAACUUGAAUUUGGCCACUGGCAUCAUAAACAGAAGCAGUGCUUCAACUCCCCCCACCCUCCGACCCAUCAUCAGCCCUAGUGGCCCUACGUGGUUGGUGCAGUCGGACCCUCAAGCUCCUGAGAAUCACUCCAGCCCUCCCGGAAGCAGGAACCUCCAGACAGGUGGGUUUGCCUGGGAAGGAGAGGUAGAAAACAACGUGUACAGCAAGGCUACAGGGGUGGUCCCCCAGCACAAGUAUCACCCCACAGCAGGCAGCUAUCAGCUCCAUUUUGCCCUGCAGCAACUUGAACAACAAAAACUUCAGUCCCGGCAGCUCCUGGACCAGAGUCGAGCCCGGCACCAGGCAAUCUUUGGCAGCCAGACACUACCUAACUCCAAUUUAUGGACAAUGAAUAAUGAUGCAGGUUGUAGAAUUUCCAGUGCCACAGCUAGUGGCCAGAAGCCAACCACUCUGCCACAAAAAGCAGUACCACCUCCAAGUUCUUGUGCCUCCCUGGUCCCCAAACCCCCACCCAACCACAAACAAGUGCUCAGAAGGGCAACAUCCCAGAGGGCUUCCAAAGGGUCCUCCACAGAUGCGCAGCUGAAUGGACUCCAAAGCAGCCUUAACCCUGCAGCCUUUGUGCCCAUCACCAGCUCCACAGAUCCUGCUCACACUAAAAGAUGAACCACAAACACACAGAGAAACAACCUGUUCACCACUCCUGGGUGCAUGACUGAGGGUGAAGCAUCCACCAGCACUUCAAGGGGUCCAUAGUAUUUUCUUUUGCUGCCUCAAAGUCCCCAAAGCCUUCAAGCAGAAGUGGCAGUAGAUGGUUGCCAAUCAGCCAAUGCAGACUUUCACUGGGACAACAGGAAAGCAGAUCUUCUGGGUUUUGAUGGAACUUGGCAGUGGGGACAUUGAGCUGAUGCAUUAUAUACCCCAUCAGAGCACACGUGUAUCUUUUACCCUCCCUUUGCCCCAUGCCCCCAACCUGCUUAGGUCUUCUCUGUCCCUUUAGUGCUGCUGCACAGAGGUGAUAUAAAAGAGGCUCUUUGGCUGUUUGUAUUUUGCUUCCUCUUCUUUUCCAGAUUGCAGUAUGAAGCUUUAUUUUCUUUGUACAAGCUUAAAAUUCCAACAUCAUCAUCCACCAAAGUUGCUCCUCCCUUUUCGGAGGGUCUAGGGGGAAGGAGGAGCAUUGAACACAAGUUUCCUAGAGAGAGGAGACAAAUUGGUGUACUGUUGACAGUAGGAGCCAGGGUAAAGGCACCCUUUGGAAUUACUGAUUUCAAAGAUUAAUAAAGUCAUUCUAUUUUUA